GCAGGGGGAGGAGACGAAGAAGGGGUGUGCGUACUGUGCUCUUUGCUGUGUCUUUCCGCCGUUUUAAAAAAUGGGCACUUUUUGAAGAACCCGUUUCAAAGUAUUGUGGAGAAGCGUCGUGUUAAAUCUAAUCGAUGAACGGCUUUUUGUCAGUUCUGACGAGGACAGCUGAGUGAUGUUGUUGGUGAGCUUGGAUUAAAUCAUCUCUAAACAAAGAACUUGUCCUCGUGGUGACUGACUUGGGGAGUGGAGGUCAGUGAGCACAUUGUCUCUGCUGGUCCGACUCCAACUACAAAGCCGGCCCGCUCGCCCCCUCCUGAGUCUGAGAGGAGAUCCAGAGAGAAAGAAGUGAAAGCAGGCCGAAACCUCAGCACAUGGAUCACAUCAACCAAAAACAUCCAGCACCAGCAAGUAAAGAUGAGCCAGCUGCGAUCCCUGUGGAAAAGACUUUUCCCGCUAUGAAGCAGCCCAGAAGACGCAAGCGCGCCAACAGGGAGGGCAGAAGCUUGAGCUGUGAUCAGUGUGGGAAGACCUUUACUCAGAGAUGGAACUUAAAUCAACAUCAAGUCGUCCACACGAAAUUUAAAGCUUUCAACUGUGACCUGUGUGGGAUGUCUUUUACUCGGAAAGCUCAGUUAAAAUCACAUCAGCUGAUCCACACCGGUGUGAAACCAUUCAGCUGUGAUCAAUGUGGAAAGACCUUUACUCAGAGAUGCAGCUUAAAAAAACAUCAGCUAAUCCACAGCGGUGUGAAACCAUUCAGCUGUGAUCUGUGUGGGAUGUCUUUUACUCGGAAAGCUCAGUUAAAAUCACAUCAGCUGAUCCACACCGGUGUGAAACCAUUCAGCUGUGAUCUGUGUGGGAUGUCUUUUACUCGGAAAGCUCAGUUAAAAUCACAUCAGCUGAUCCACACCGGUGUGAAACCAUUCAGCUGUGAUCAAUGUGGAAAGACCUUUACUCAGAGAUGGAACUUAAAUCAACAUCAAGUCGUCCACACGAAAUUUAAAGCUUUCAACUGUGAUCUGUGUGGGAUGUCUUUUACUCAGAAAGCUCACUUAAAAUCACAUCAGCUGAUCCACACCGGUGUGAAACCAUUCAGCUGUGAUCUGUGUGGGAUGUCUUUUACUCGGAAAGCUCAGUUAAAAUCGCAUCAGCUGAUCCACACCGGUGUGAAACCAUUCAGCUGUGAUCAAUGUGGAAAGACCUUUACUCAGAGAUGGAACUUAAAUCAACAUCAAGUCGUCCACACGAAAUUUAAAGCUUUCAACUGUGAUCUGUGUGGGAUGUCUUUUACUCGGAAAGCUCAGUUAAAAUCACAUCAGCUGAUCCACACCGGUGUGAAACCAUUCAGCUGUGAUCAAUGUGGAAAGACCUUUACUCAGAGAUGCAGCUUAAAAAAACAUCAGCUAAUCCACAGCGGUGUGAAACCAUUCAGCUGUGAUCUGUGUGGGAUGUCUUUUACUCGGAAAGCUCAGUUAAAAUCACAUCAGCUGAUCCACACCGGUGUGAAACCAUUCAGCUGUGAUCAAUGUGGAAAGACCUUUACUCAGAGAUACAGCUUAAAAAAACAUCAGCUAAUCCACAGCGGUGUGAAACCAUUCAGCUGUGAUCUGUGUGGGAUGUCUUUUACUCAGAAAGCUCACUUAAAAAAACAUCAGCUAAUCCACAGCGGUGUGAAACCAUUCAGCUGUGAUCUGUGUGGGAUGUCUUUUACUCAGAAAGCUCACUUAAAAAAACAUCAGCUGAUCCACAGCGGUGUGAAACCAUUCAGCUGUGGUGAGUGCGGAAAGUCUUUUAUUCAGAGUUACUGCUUAAAAGCACAUCAGCUCGUCCACAGUGAAGUUAAACCUUUCAGCUCUUAUCAGUGUGGAAAUUCUUUUACUGCGAUUGAUAGGUUAAAAACACAUCAGCUCAUCCAAUCUGGAGUUAAAUCAUUUGUAUGUGGUGACUGUGGAAAGGCUUUUACUCACAUGACUAGCUUAAAAUCACAUCAGCGCAUCCACUCUGGAGUUAAAUCAUUUGUAUGUGGUCAGUGUGGAAAGUCUUUCUUCCAUAACAAAAAUCUAUUGAGGCAUCAAAAGACCCACAAAGUGUCCUCCUGUGAGAAAAGGGGCAGAGCAAUGGGACAUUACCCUGACAGGGUUCAUUUGAACACAGUGGGAGAAAUAGGGGAUCUGAACAAAAGUUCUUCUGGAUGCUGCGUCAAACUUAUAAAGCUUGAGAUCAGGCUUCACAGAAUUCAGCUUUAAUUUCCUGAGAAAGUCAGAGCUUCACUAUGUCUUUGUAGAUCUAGUGAAAACAUGAAAGGGUGCAAAAAGAGGCACUGUGGUACUGCAUGAUGAAGUCAGAAGUGACAGAGAAGUAUGUGAGCGUGGUUCAGGACAUGUAUGUGUGGUAGCAGUGACUACCACACAUACUUGGGUUGAAGGUGGGGGGAGGAUUACAUCAAUUCUGAGCCCCUUCUUUCUUUUUCAAAGCGAGGGCAAUACUCAGGAAAGGAUGAUGACAAUAGAGCUGCAAGACAGGAUGGAAAGAAAAAGAGUUUAAUAGAAGAUCAUCAAUAUUGUGAAGCGAUCGAGCCGCGAUUACAAAAUCUUAGCUUAUGGAGUUAGUUAUCCCAAUACAAGUUUAGCAAGUUACACUUCACUGGCUGUGUCCACAAACAGCAUACAGAGCAAACAUUACUCCAUCAUCUGAUCACAAGAAAAGCAAAAUGUCAGAACAGUUCACCUUCUGGGUCAAACUCUCAGACCUGUUACUGUUUAUUUGGCUGUUCAUCGUGAGGUAAUUAUCAGUGUCAGUGCUGUGCCACUUCUAUUGUAACUCACAUGAAAUGUGUUUUAAAUGGGCUCUAUUGUCUUACAAUAUUGUGUGAGUCUGUUUUGCUCAACAAAGACACAACCCCUCCUGCAAUGUUUAAUGUUACAGUAAAAAAAGGUAAAUUGAUAAAUUUGUGUUAUUUUUAAACAGGCAGUAUUUAGAAAAUUAAAUAUAUUCUUACCCAUGUGUAAAGUUUUCAGUGGUCUUUGUUUUCUUACAGGAUGUGAGUGUGUUUUGCUCCAUGAAGAGACAAACCUACAUUUUUUCUACAUUGCAGUAAAAAUAUUUUUAUUUUAAGUCAUAAAUUUUACUCAUUUUCAUCCAGGCAGUAUGUUAAAGAUUAACUGAAUCCUAUGAAAAAUAAAAUGUAUAAAGAUG